CAACAGAAGCCCCCUAGCGUUCCUCGUCUCCUGUUCCGAUUGUGCCAGCGUUAGUAUUAGUGUGCUAUCAGCUGCAGUAGGAGAAGAGGCGGGGUUUCCGUGUGACGGAAGCGGUCAAGAAACAACAACUUCCCGGUCUGAACGAAGCUUACAUCCGGGUUUUGCCCUUUCUUUGAAUUUCCGUCUGUUCCAGGCGUGCAGGGAGUUUUGCAGAACUUAGGUAGGUAGGUGUGAAGCGGGGUCUUCAGUAAGCGGGUGUUUGUGUGACUUUGAGCGAAAAUGUGAGAGAGGAGGAAGAAUAAGAAUGGCAAGGGUGUUGAAUUCUGUUGACUGCUCGUUUAUAUCUAUUGUGUUAUAUCAUGGGGAAAUUAUGUAAUGUAUAUAUACAAUAUAUGUUGAGUUGUAUCUGACCAAUUCAUAUUCAGCGUAGAUCCAUUGAAACUAAUGGAGUGGAGGGACACAUUUAUGCCAUUCAUAUUUCCUCCAGCCCAGCGGAAUGGGGAGUUUGGAUUGCUCUGCCUAUAAGGUAGUAAUAUUUCUGGAAUUUCAGUACUUUAGUUGUAAUAGCAAAUCAGGAUUUUAUUUAUUUUUUGCUGUUUAAGAGAAUAAAAAGAGCCUGCUGGACCAGGCCAAUGGCCUGUAUAUGGCAUAACAUCAUUUUCUCCCAGUGGUAAACCAGAUGCCUGUGGAAAGCCUGAAAGCAGGAUCUGAACAGAGAUCCUUUGAUAGCAGAGAUGGAACCCAGCCAUAGGUAGCCUUAUUCAUCAUGAAUUUGCUACCCAUGUUGAUGGUUGUCACUAUUUGUGGGAGUGAAUUCCAUAGUUUAACUGUGUGCUGUGCUUUUAUGAAAAACCCAGUUUUAUAAAACAAUAUUGUAUGCUGUGCGAAGAUGUACUUUCAGUCCUUUCGUUCUUACAUUUAUGUAUUUUUCUGUAUACUUUGAAAAUGGAUUAGAUUUAUGAUGUGUCCAUAUGCUAGUAUGGUCUCACUAAAACUGUGAUUAAAAACAGUAUUAGGAACAGCAAAAAAUCUCAAACUACGCUUGCUCACUGCAUUGUAGUGUUAUCCUAAUAAAGCUCUCCCCUCCCGUGUCAUAUUGUGUUGGGAAAUGGGUAGCUAUGCUGGAUUUGUACUUCUACCUUCUAUUGUUCUUUUAUUGACUAUUUUAUGAUUUUAUAUACUAUAAGCAGGCUUUGGUGGGAGAGGGCAUUCUCUGUGCCAGCCCCUAAGUUGUGGAAUUAGCUCACCCCAGAGGUGUGUCUGACACUUAUACUAUAUACCAUAUUUUUCGCUUUGUAAGACACACCUAGUUUUUGGAGGAGGAAAACAAGAAAAAAAAUAUUCUGAAUCUCAGAAGCCAGAACAGCAAGAGGGAUCGCUGCACAGUGAAAGCAGCAAUCUCUCUUGCUGUUCUGGCUUCUGUGAUAGCUGUGCAGCCUGCAUUCGCUCCAUAAGGCGCACACACAUUUCCCCUUACUUUUUAGGAGGGAAAAAGUGAGUCUUAUAGAGCAAAAAAUACGGUAGUUUCGAUUGUAUGUUGAAGAUACAUCACUUUACCCUCGCCUUUAGCACCUGAGCUAUGUAUUUUUAGGACCCACCCAGUUCUCUUGACUGUAAUUUGUAAUAUUGCUAUAAUCCACCCUGGGACCUUAUUGUGAAGGAUGGCUAAGAAAUCAAAUCAAACAACAAAAACACUUUGUGCACCACAUUCUACAGUAUGACUGGCUUCUGAAACUGUAAUUUUUGUGAAAAAGAUUGGGAUCUUAAAGUAGCUUAUGGUGUGGCUAAACCUUGUAUAUUGAACAUAAACUAGCCUAUGUAUAAAUUUGGGUCACUCCGAGCUUUCCGGCAGCAGAAUUCUACAAAUGGAAUAGAAGCACUGUUUGAAUGAAUGAAUUUUAUAGUGGUGGUUACUAGAAAAGCAUCUUAAUAGUUAUGCUUGCUUUUCUUGGCCACGGCACCACCUUGUGGUCAUUCUUAUAUACACUUUGUUGUUGUCAUGUGGGUUGUAAAUAGCUUCUAUGUGCAUUUAAAUAGAAACCAACUCACAGCCUGCUUUUAGAGAGAGAAAUAUAAUGGUGCUUAUUAAUCACACCAGGACUGGAAGUUAAAUCAGGCUUGGUGGAAGCUUUCCUACAUUUAUGCCAUUUUCAGUGAGAAAUGAUCUCAUCUUCCUUAAAAAGAUGAUGAAAACUCUUGCUAGUUAGCAAACAGUUGCUAUGUAAACCUGUUUACCCACAGCCAUGUCAGGCUUUCUGCAAUCCCUCAGAGGCUUUUUUCACACUUCCCAUCUUUAAAGUGUAGAUUUUUCACAUCUAACUAUCCAUUUUUAAUUUGCUUUUCUUGUUUCUGUGGUGAAAGGAGCAAAGCUUGGCUGCAGCUGUAACACUGCUGACUAAGUAACAAUUGUGCUGCACAGUGAAAUAUCACAAUACAGUACUAUGUAAGUCUGACACCAGUGACAUGGAGUACAAAUUCUUCCAGUACUUCCUUUUUCUGAGGAAGGUUUUCCAUUUCAUAAUUUCGUUAGUAAUGAUUAAUGCAUGGCAAUUGUGAAUAUAUACAAGGCAAUCUUGGCAGUUUCAAAGUGUUUAGCUUCGUUUACUAAAUACAAAUAAAAUAAGCAUGCUAAAUUAGAUCACCCUGUAGGACAACAGAAAAUGUUCUGAUGAAGACUGAAAAAUUGUCAAUACAAAAUUUUCUAUAAUACCCAUGUCACCGUCUGAGGCAUGCAAUUUUUAAAAAUAAUUUUUGAGUUGUAUAAGUCUGAGGGGUUUCUGUAUUUCUGCAAACCCCGAGGUUCCUCCAAGGUGCCUGAUACCUCCUCUGUAUGUGUGAGUGUGUUUGUGGUGUCACUUAUGCCACUUAAAGAACUUGAUUCGGAGAAGGAGUUCACUAUUAGCCCAUUUUGUCAAACCUAUAUACUGAGAGUAGACGGUUAGGUCUCCUUAGGGGACAUAAAGCUGUUCCAUUCAUUCUGUAAGAGAGUAAAAAAAACCCUGGCAGCCUACUAUUUAUUGAACAGCGCUCCCUCCUGAGGAAGAAGAGAAAUGCCAUUUCUGUGGGGGCUCCUUAAUAUCCUGAGGUUAAAUGUAUUGAGCCGAGAUAAUGCUGCUUUGUGAUCAAUAUAAAUAAAUCAUCUCUUGAAGUUUGACAGAACAGUCUUGCUCAUUUUUCUUCUGCGAACUCAGUGGUGCAGAAUGAUUUGACUGUGGAAAGAGAGAAUGGUUAGAGCAAGGCACUGUCAUAAUAGCUCAGUAGCAGAGUGCAAACAGACAUCUGGGGAUGAAGCUGUGUGUGUGUGUGUAUAUGUGUAUAUGCAGUUGUUGCCCCCCCCCUGCUUUGUAUGAUGAGGGCAGGGUGAUGCAGCCACUGCACACGUGUAGAUGCAAUGCGAAUAAUACUUGCUCUGAUACACCACAGGAAGCUGCCUGGUCCAUGUGGCUCAGAGUAACGGGCAGUGGCUCUUGAGGGUUUCAAACACGACACAUUCCCAGUUUUACCAGGAGAUGCCAGGGACCGAACCUGCAAACGUCUACGUGCAAAGCAGAUGCCCUACCACUGAACUACAACCCUUCACUUGUCAAAGGCUAAAUAUCUUCUAGCUCAGUAUUGUCUGUUCUGGCCAGCAGUUGAUCUCAUGGGUCUCUGAAAGAAAGCUGCCUCAUAUCAUAUCAACUUGUUCAUUCGUCUAGACCUGUAUUGUCUACACUGACUGGCAGUGGCUGUCUAGGGUUCCAUGUGGAGUUUCUCCCAGCCCUACCUGAAGAUGCCAGGGGUUGAACCUGAGACCUUUUUCAUCCAAAGCAGACAUGCUACCACUGAGCUAUGGCCCUUUUCCGAAUUUAUUUCAUUACUGUUUUAUUUUGCCUUUCUCUUGAGCAGCUCAGGACAAUACGCAGAGUCUCCAGUUUAAUUUUAUCCUCACAACAAUCCUGAGAAGUAUGUUUGGCUGCGAGAGAGACUGGCCCAGGGUCACCCAAUUAGCUCUAUGGCCAAGAGAGGAUUUGAAACUGGGUCUCCCGAGUCUUAAAAAGGUAAAGGUAAAGGGCCCCUGACAGUUAAGUCCAGUCGCAAACGACUCUGCGGUUGCAGCGCUCAUCAUGCUUUACUGGCCAAGGAAGCCAACGUUUGUCCGAAUACAGUUUUUCUGGGUCAUGUGGCCAGCAUGACUAAGCCGCUUCUGGCGAAACCAGAGCAGUGCAUGGAAAUGCCAUUUACCUUCCUGCCAGAGCAGUACCUAUUUAUCUACUUGCACUUUGACGUGCUUUCGAACUGCUAGUUUGGCAGGAGCUGGGACCAAGCAACAGGAGCUCACCCUGUCGCGGGGAUUCGAACCGCCAACCUUUCGAUUGGCAAGCCCUAGGCUCAGUGGUUUAGACCACAGUGCCACCUGACACUAUCUACUAGGACCUUGGCCAGGGACAGCUAUCGAAGUUGUGUGGGAUCUUUUGCAUGCAAUGCUUGUGCUCUACCAGUGAGCUAUGGCCUCUCUUUAUAUUAUAACAAAUUAACAAUGUUAUGGUCAAUAACUGCAUCUCUGUGUGCCUUUUGCACCUUUAUCCUGUCAGUGAGUGCAGUAUAACACAGUACAGUAAACUUUUCUUGCUUUUCACUGCCCUGUGAUCUUCAGGUGAAGUGCAGUAUACAAAUUUAAUAAAUAAUAGCAAUAAAAAUUUCACCAAUCGCCAUUGCAUCUUUCCAAGAAAUAAUAGUUUCAGAAAGAUGACAUCCAGGGAAUGUAGAAACCUAUGCUGGAAUGUUAACUUGAUGUUCUAUGUAUCCAAUAUUGUGUUGCAAAAACUAUUAUAUAUAAAAAAUUAUGCAGUUGUUGGAGUACCAAAUAGUUUUCACACACAUACAUACACGCAUGCAUGCAUGUAUACACAAACAAACAAACAUUCCUUCUUUCCUUCCUUUACUGGCUUCUAGCCUUGUGCGUUUCUUGAAAAUAUCCAUCCGAUUUUAAACUCACAUAGUUUUACCAAAGUCCAAGUUCUAUAUAAUGGGACCUGUUUUUAUCAAGGUCCAGGUUUUCUGUAAACAUUCUGAUUUUGUAGGUUUUUAAUUGAAUUCUGACUUCUUGCAAUAGUAAGCAUAUACCGGUAUACACAAUCACAUUAGGAACACAAACUGCAGUAACUUUUAAAAACAAAGUUCAGCAGACAGAAUUUUGAUUUUUUAAAAAUGCCAUUCAUGUUUCCCCCCCAUAGUUGUGAAUUGACGGAUAACAGCAGGCGCACAAGUCAGAUUUCCCAGGUAAGUACUAAUUUUUAUAUUGUUCCAGGCUUUCAAAGGUUAGAAAUAGCUGCCUUAUACGGAGGCAGACAUUUGAUCCAUUUAGCCCAGUAUUCCCUACACCAGACCUUUCCGAACUUUUCAUGUUGGUGACACACUUUUUAGACAUGCAUCAUUUUGCAACACAGUAAUUCAAUUUUACUAGCAAAAUGGAGGCUAAACUAACCCCUUUCUAGCCCUGGGAGAAGCAUGGGGAGUGUUCCUGCAACACACCUACACACUGCAGCCGACAAACUAGUGUGUCACAACAAACAGUUAGGAAAGCUCUGCCCUACACUGACUGGCAGCAGCUCUCCAAUGUUUAAAUUACUUACAUAUCCUCACAACAAUGCUAUGAAGUAAGUUGUCCUGGGAGAUAGUGAUUUGCCCAGGGCUAUGCUAUAAGCUUCACAGGUGAGCAGGAGUUUGUAUUUAUGUAUCAUGUGCAAACCUUAUAUAUUGUUUUGUCAAUGUAAAAAGUGCUUCAGCCAUUUUUCCAUGCCAAAGAAGAAAAUGAACUGAAGUUUUUCUUUCUUAAAAAAAAAGUUUGCUAGCUAUUGGAACAGAGCCAAAAUCUAGUUGUUGUAGCUUUAUAUGUUUUGACCUGGAAGUCCCUUAUGUUAUGUUGCAUUGUCCACUACAAAUGUUUAUCUUCUUUAUUCUAUGCAUCCAAGUCCAGUGCAUUUUAUUUUCUGCGUGUAAAUUUAACAAGUUUGAUGGUUGUAUUUGAUAAAUUGCAGGCAUUGGAACUACGUUACUAAUACCAGUUCUUAAACUGUAUUAAGCUUGAAGGCGUUGUUUAAAAUCUCCUUUUAAAUAAUAAUAUAAAAAAAUGGCUAUAGUCAUAGUCACGCUAUUCAGUCAAGCAUUUGUCUGAAUAGCAGUUCUUGGGCUUCAUAAAGGAAGAGUGCUAUUGCUUCUGAUUGGUCACCGCGGGACACAGGAAACUGGGCUAGAUCAGGCCUUUUGGUCUGAUCCAGGAGGUUUCUUUUUACGUUCUGACCUAGCCAGGCUCUUAUUUUCUUUCUUGUUCUCUUUGGUUCUUCCCCCUCCCUCCCCAGAGAGAAAUGAGUACAAACCAAUGCUUUGUGAUAGAUACUCUAUCUGUGAUAGUUUUAUCUAUAUUUGUGAGGAGAACCUGAGCUUACAGGGUUAAACAGCUCAGAGUGUACGCCCUGCCUACAGGGAGGGGGGAGGUUCGUCAUUUCCGAGAGCCUCAAGUCUUUGUUCUUUCUCUCUACUUUCGCUUUUGAGGAGAGAGGAUGUGUUUUCACGAUGCUGUUCGCUGUGAUAGAUAAUGGAUAGUCUGCUGUAAAUAAAACUGCUUUUAGCUGCUAAGAUCCUGAGUGGACUUUAUUUAAGCACACUGAAGAAUGCUCUGGAGUUUUUUCAGUCUUUCUCUUGCCGCUGUUGAUCUCUGCUUUGCUCAGGAAUGCCGGCCAGAGCUGCACGAUGGGAAGCGUGCCGAACGCUUAUCUGAGCAAUAAAUCAAUCUGCCCGACAAUAUUUUUAUCUAUAUUAUCUAUAUAAUUUUAUCUAUAUUAUCUAUAUUUCCAGUUUAUCUGUAUUUUUCCCUUUCCCAUCCUCAAACAUAAGACACUCUUCGGCUCUUAACCGCUCCAAAGACUACUCACCCUGAUGGCUGUGCUCUGCCCCUGCUCAGAAACAGCAUGCUUCUGAAUACCCGGUGCUGGAAACUGCAGGAGGGGAGAGGGCUCUUGUGCUCAAGUCCUGCUUGGGGGCUUCUCAUAGGCCUCUGGUUGGUCGCUGUGAGAAGAGGAUGCUGGACUAGAUAGGCCACUGACCUGAUCCUUCAGUGUUCUUAUAUUCUUGUACCUUCUGAAUUUGUUCUGAAGUUUCGGGAGCUACCGAAUUAUCUUUGGGCUACUUUAUAGAAGCCGUUCUUCACGUCUGUUCAAAAUCUCUCCAAAAGGGGCUUUGUCCAAAGCGGAGGCCCACACAUUGUGCUUGUGCCUUGCUUUUGGCCUUCUCGCUGGCAUGGGUGAGAAGCAAGAUGUGAAACCUAAACAGGCCUUUGUUCUUACCUUCUCAGGUUUUUACAUUCUUAUCAGUUCCAUUUACCACUUUGGUAUAUGUCUUCUUGGCCAGCUAGCUUCUAUUUCUCACUCACCCUAAAAGCUCAGAGGGGUGUAACAGCCCUUCCUUAUCUCAUUUUGUAGGUUGCCUCUAACUUGCCAAAGCUGAAUAGCUUUCAAGAUGGGCUACAGGAAAAUUAUCCCGAGGUCGUGCUCCCUUCUCUAUAUACUAUACAAUCACAAAAACACCCGAUAGAUCAGGUUUAUUAAAGUUGGUUGUUCAGGCUUGGUAUUUCUGAUACUCUGGGCUUAUGGCUAGACCCUUGAGGUCAACCUUGAAAGCCUUGCAGGAAGAUUUACUUCUUGAUUACUUUUUGAAGCAGUUGCGCACCUUGAUGCCUAGAGAUACGUGUUGAAAGCACGGUUAGUGGUGCACAUACCCAGGCAGCCAGAAGCUGAGACAUUUACUGCUGCUCUAUUCUUGUAUAGUUAACAGAGAUGAGGUGGAAAUAGAGCUUCAGCUUUGAAAAAUUGAUUAAUGGAAGCUGAGGUGUGGCAGAGCAGAAUCUAGUAGCAAAAGGUCACCCCACAGAAGCUGCAUUGGGGCAGGCAAGGGACACACAGAGAAGCCCAACAGAUACUGGGGAUAAAUGUAUUGAUACCCGACGUAUGAAUUUCAACAUAUUUUGAACAAAUAGUGCUUUAUAAGGCAACUGUGUUCUCUGCCAUUUUUUAAAAAAAGUCUUUCUUCAAAAGGAGUCAUUGCCUACUGAUUCUCUUCAUCAUUAUGUAUGUGGGGCUCAGAGAAUCCUGUUCUAUUUAAAACUAAAUUUGCAGUGAUUUAUGGCUAGAAUCCAAAGAGCCAGUCCUGCAGCGCAGACCUUUGCACAAGCAUUCAGGAAUGAGUUACCCUCAGUUCAGUGGGACUUAAGCUCAAAUGUGCCUAUUAGGAUUGCAGCUGUGGGUUCAUACAAGGGGCUUAAACUAGCCCAAUGGGACUGAUUUACUUGGGCAGCUGAUGCUCUCCCCAUUCCCUACGUGUCUGGGAUGCAUCAUAAACUAUAUGAAACUCCCCAUGGUUUCAAAACCAAUCUGCUGCUCUUUGAGCUCACAGAACCAGUUUCCUAAUUUGUUGCCUCCUGGCCCAUUUUAUCUGUUGGUAAGCGAGUAUGUAAGGUUUUUCCACUAUGUAGAACCUUUAAUUGGGCAAAAAGGAAAAAGAGGAAUUGCUCUCAGUUGAUGAGCUGAACUAAAAUCACCAACCCAUUGUAGAACAUGAACUAAAUUAUGUUGUUCUGGUUGUUGUUGUGUUGUUGUUGUCAUCGUCAUUGUACUGUGGUAUGAUUCAUUGCCUAUCCGUAUUGUACAUCUAGAAGUAGGGUCAGGUUUUACUUUUGUUGUUGGCUGAACUCCUCAAUACAUCUCUGUUCUAUUAUGUUUUAUUCUAUGUAUUUGGGUUUAAAUUAUGCGCAGGCAGUUGUGUAUUUUAUAUAAUGUAAGUUGCUUAAAGAAACUGUCUUGUAAAGGUAAAGGACCCCUGACCGUUAAGUCCAGUCGCGAACGACUCUGGGGUUGCAACGCUCAUCUCGUUUUACUGGCCGAGGGAGCCAACGUUUGUCCGCAGGCAGUUUUUCCAGGUCAUGUGGCCAGCAUGACUAAGCCGCUUCUGGCGAAACCAGAGCAGCGCACAGAAACGCGGUUUACCUUCCUGCCAGAGCAGUACCUAUUUAUCUACUUGCACUUGACGUGCUUUCGAACUGCUAGGUUGGCAGGAGCAGGGACUGAGCAACGCGAGCUCACCCCGUCGCAGGGAUUUGAACUGCCGACCUUCCAAUCAGCAAGCCCUAGGCUCAGUGGUUUAGACCACAGCACCACCUGCUUCCCUAACUGUCUUGUAGGAAGCAGUUAAUAAAUUAAAAAUAUUAUUGUUAUUAAACUGAUUAAUUAAUCGCUCACUACAGAUUCUCUGAUUUUACAAAAGAUUAAGAGCCAAAUGCAAAUAGUACUUUACUGUAUAAUUAUGCUUUGGUUCUGAUCUUUUCACUAAGAAAUAUACACAGGGCAAGAUGCCCUAUCUGGCAUUCUCUUGGAUAUAAAAAUGUAUUACAAUAUUGACAGGUGGAAGACUUCAGAUUUUGCUCAUGAGCUCUCCUUAAUUUGCGAUGCACCCAGAUCUGUCUCCUCAUCUGCACAGCGAAGAAUGCAACCUUAUUAUCCGUCUGCUCAAGGAAUGCCACAAAGAGGUAGGACUUCUGCCUAAACCCAAAGCACACUGAAAUGUAUCCUGAUAGAAAGGGCUUAUCCCAGAACUCUACAGAUAGAGGAGACGGCCUUUGGGCAGUAUGACCAUGAAAUAGCUAAAUACAUCCUAAAGAGCAGCUCUCACUCACUCUUCUUUCUUUCUCUGUCUCUCUCUCCUUGGCUCAGCGGCACACACAGUGUUGCUGAUGGCGCCUUUAGAAAGUUCAGCAGGUUAAACUGAUUCAGCAGCUGUGCAGGUUUGUCCAUUUUCACAAGAGACAAUUUUGUUUACCCUUUUCUUUCUCAAUAUAAUGUAACAUCCAGAAGCAUCCAUAUUACUGCAGGUACGUACAGACGGGCUUAUCAGCUGGUGCAUUAAGAGCAAUCAAAGUGCUGGGCUUGCCACACAAGCCUUUUCAAAAUUAAUGCUGAGAGAUUUUGCCUGUAAGGCAGUUGCUGGGUUAGGUUUUGGGUGGGAGGGAGUUGCUAGGUGCUUACGACUCUCAAAUAAGAUGGAGAAGUCAGAUUGCAAGGGUGUCCUAUAGCCAUGGGCCUUGUAUCGCCCAUCCGACUCCUUGGCUGCAGUUGUUCUCUUCAAGCAAUGAGAACUUUGCUGCUGCUGCUACCACCUAAUUACACCAUGGUGGGUAAUUAAGAGCUGCCUUUUGUUGCUCGGUAGAAUUCAUCUGCGGUAACCUUCCUGCCUGGUCAUGGCUGCAAGGGAGCCUUUUUUCGGAAUUAAUAUUCAUGAACAGCUCUAAUCCUUUCAUGUUUUAGAAAGGCUAGGUGAAAUGUUACAUAUAAUUAUAGGUUAACAAGAUGUGGUUUAUGAUCUACUUGAAACCUAUAUUUGAUUGCUGGAAGAAGAGAAAUGGAAGCACAGCCAAGGAAGGAAGGAAGGAUCUUUUACUCUCGGUAUAAAGAUGCAGAUGAUGCAUCUGACACGUUAAAAAUUGCUAACUGUUCACUAGCGCUGCAUGUAGAAGCAACAAUAAAGAGUUAAUUAGCUGAAAAUAGUUUCCUGCAGAAGGAAGUAGAAUAUCUGCAUUUGUGGUCCAGGUUCCAAAAAUAAAUUUCUUUAUUUUCUAAAUACUACUUACAAAAGAACUUCCCCCUGUUUCUUAGUUAACUUAUAUGGUCCAUUGAUUGUUUCACGUUAGAACUUUGGAAACAUGCUUUUAUUGAGAUUAAUACAAGGCAAGUAUAGGAAGUGGGGUGGAAACCAGCAUACAAAUACAAUGCAGCUGCUAAUAAUUUUGAAACAGUUAUAUAGUCCUGUACUAAACUGGUGCCUAGGCUCCUAAAGGCUUUUGUGACUUACUGCUGUAGUAAGCACUGAACUGGUUGUGGUUAGGACUGAGCCAAAUUGGAGGGGGAAGUGGUACAAACAAACAAACAAACAAACAAACAAACAAUCCAGUGAAUAUGUGUGUGUGCACACGUAAAAAUGACAUUAGCCUGUUUAGAGGGGGGCAGGAAGCAUUGUUCUGGCUCUGUGACAUGAGGUAACUAAAUUUAAUAGUUUAUGCAGCAUAACCAAGGUUUGUCCUAUGUUUACAAUACAUGGUUUGUCUGAGAGAGCUAAACCACGACCCCAUUAAGCUUAGUGCAUCAGCCAAAUGACCAACAAAGAGCAAAGUGACUGCAAUAUGCUCUCUUUGAGCCUGCAUGUUGCGCUUCCACACUAUACUGUGGUUUGACAUGUGAACCAGACAGCUUCCUAUGUAUUCUAUGGAUGCAGCAACUAUGGAUGAGAGUCUUUAGAUUUGGGUUGGGGAAAAUUUAUCAACUGCUGGCUCAACUACUCGAGGCCUCUCUUGGGAUGCGUGUCCAGGAACAAUGCCUACACUCCACCCCCACCCCCCACUUCCCGUCCUUUCCCUUCCCAAUGAUUGGCAGGGGGAGUGUCAAUCACGAGGUGAAAAGAAAAUAAGUAGCUGUUACUGUUAGUAUUCUCUUAUAUCCCACUUAAUACCAAAAUAGGCUUCUAAGCGGUUUACAAGUAUAAAAACACAAGCAUGGUGUCAUACAGCUGUUGGUGAUGACAACAGGAAGUUAGGAAGCCAGGCCCAGGAUUAACCACCAGCUCCUGAAGGAACCAGCAAUGACCUGAUAGGAGUGGGGUGGCAGCCCCACCCUCUUACGCCCCACCUUUAUUUCAGCAAAUUAAGACCUGGGUGCUCUGAGGGAAGCAAGAAGUGAGUAAGCCUGGGCUAGGGAGUGAAGGUCCUGAAGUCGGCUGGAGAAUAUUUUGUACUGUGGGUUUGUUUUCAUAUUUUAAAUUGUUAACUACUUUGGCAGAAAGGUAUGUAUGCAAUGAAUAAAAAACAAAACACUGACGUCGUAGCCUUGGUCAACUAAUUAACAUACACAGUCAUGAAACAAAUGCCUUUGUCUUGGUUUGACCCAUGUCAGAAGUGCCACAACCUCCAUUUUACAGAUUUUUUGGGGGGAGGGGGAGUUGGAAAGGCAAUCCUGCAUGACUGAUUAUGGAUUACCAUAAAUUUCAACAUAAAUUAUCAUCUUCACUUUGAACCCCCUUCCCACGUCCAUCAACACUUUGUAUUAUUUCAUUGGCAACAUAAGGGGGGGAAAUGACUAUAAUCUAAGCACAACCACAAGGGCUCCUGUUUAGGUGUGCAAUAUUAAAUGUUAUCUGUUAACCCUGUUCUAUCCUCUUUCCCCUUCACUUUUGCCUUUGUUUAAACCAAUUCACAAACCAAUAACUUGUACACUGACUGCUAAUAAUGAAUCAUAUCUUGUAGAUACUACUUCAAAACUAUUAUGCUGUUUUUUUGUGAUAUACAAAUGACAUGAGAAGACUUGGUGUAUUUAUUUGUAUAAUUUAUUAUUACUGUGGUCCUGUUUCUCAGCACUCCAUCAUGAGAUAUUUUGGUCGUUGCAAUGAUUUUGACAAAGAAAUGAGGCGAUGCUUAAAGAAAGAGGUAAGCCACAGACAAUGAGGCCAGACCACUGAAAUAUUCCCAAACACCCCUUUCAGUUUUGUGCCUUCCUAUUGACAAGUGGUUCCCAAGGUGGGCUGUACCAAUCCCAGGAAGGGCAGUGGGAUUAUCUAUGGGGGUACUAAGAGGCAAGGGGAUGGAGGUGUAAAUGACUAACAGACUUUGAAAUGUUGGUAUCACUGGAUCAAGUUUCGUUGAAUUAAUUGAACUAAAUAGUUUUAAUUUGGUUUUGAAUAAAUGUGCAAUUAGUUAUUACUGUUUUGAAUUUUAUGGUGUUGUUAUAUUUAGUAGAUCAUGCAAACAGCUCUUCUGAAUAAUGCUUUUUGUAGGGCCGGGUAGGGGGCAUUGGGGAUGAGUUUAUGAAACCAAGCAUGGCCUGAAAAAGUUUGGGAACCCCUGCUCUUGAGUCUAGGGGUCCUGCUGGAAUUUUACAAAAGCAUUUGAACCGAUAUUCCCCUAAGCUGUCUCCCAUCAGAAAUCAUCCACCUGGGGGACCACACUCAGUGAAAUCCAGGCUGGAGAGGAUCUAGACAAUUUGUUUAACCCACCCACACCCAUCCCACAGAACCUGCAUUGCCACAACCUGCUCACACACCUUGCUCCAAAAAUGGAUACUGGGCAAUCGUUGUUCAGAUCCUUUGGCAAGGUUUGUUAGCCCUCAUGGUUUAAAAAUGUACACAGAGUGUUCCCUUGAAGUCUCAGAAAGCAUAUGGAACUGUGGAAAGAGCUGCGUUGUUGCUGUUCACUUUUGAAAACUCUGUUCAACCUAAAACAAAUGGAGUAGCUAAAGAUGCAAAUUAAAUAAUAACCUUAGUGGGCUGCUUUGGUGGUGGUCCCCGCCCCAACCAAUGCAAGUGUAAUUUGUGUUCUUCAAAAAUAGCAUGUAUUUCCUUUUCGAGUGAUAAACCCAUGCUGCAUUUUUAAUGUAGUGACAUGACUUAUCUAUUAUUCAUUUAUCGCCUUGUUUUUCCUGCCAGUAUCAAGAAAACAGAGCCAGGAGCCAAGCACACGCAGAAGAGAUAAGACGAAAAAUGAGAACUUCAGAACCAUAGAUAGAGCUGAGGACUGGGCAACAUACGGAUGGCCAAAGGAGUGUGUUGUCUCAUGUCUACUGGGUGCCUAAAUAAAGAAAACUAUUUAAAUCCAAAACAUUUGCAGUAAAAAUGGCUGCGAUGUUGGCAACUGUUCAGUGCAAUUUAAUUAUUUUGUUGAGACUUAACAUUUUUUAAAGAGCCCUGCUAGAUCAAGCUAUUUAUCCCGUCAUCCUCUAUCCUGCAGUGGCCAACCAGAUGUCUGUAGGAAACCCACAAAUAGGAUGCCAAGACAAUAACUCUAUCCUACUCAUUCUCCCCAACAGUAGGUAUUUAGAGACAUGCUACUUUGAACCUUGAGGGUAGCAUAUGGCCAUCCUGACUAGAAGCCAUUGAUAGCCUUGGUGGAGUAUAAUUGCUUCUCGAGUUUUUCUGCGGAGUGGAAUGAUAGCUCAGUGGGUGCGUGCAUGAUUUGCAUGUGGAAGGUCCCAGGUUCAGUCCCUGGUAUCUCAUAUUAAAAGGAUCUCUUGGGAGCAAGGCUGGGAAGAGCUUUUCCCUGAGACUUUUGGAGGCUGCUUUGAAAAAGAAAGCAAGGAAGCAGAGACUAGGGAAGCUGAAUCUUACAGCCAGUACAACACAGUGCAUUUCUUUGCUGGAGUAUACACAUGGCCUGGUUUUAACUGAUAUGUUAGGAGCUUCAGAUCUCACUCCAUUUCCUUUUGGAAAUAAAAGCUCUUAGAGAAAUGCCUGAUUAUCUGCAAAUUGCUUUCAAAAAAUAUCAAGUCAGAUGGUCAGAGGCAUAAAGAACCAUCCUAUUUGCUCAGCACACCUGUCAAAACACGACCCUGAAACAUCAUGUGUGCAACCCCAGCAGGAGGUGCAAACAAACAGCUGAGUGCAUUAAUGCUCCUGUGUUUGGUGGGAAAAGAACUUAACUCUGAUGAUACUGGAUUGGGGGCGGUGGAUGACCAGCAAAAAAGUAUUUGAUGGGCUCUGAAGUCACACACUUUUUAAUAAUGCUUAGUUUAUCCACAAGAUAAAAAAGUUAAAUAGAAAAGAAAAGGAUGAAUGGACAUAUAUUAACACAGCACAUUUCACUCAGAGUAGACCCACUGGAAUUAACGGACCUAACUUUGCAAUUAAUUUCAAAAGGGCUGCUCUGACUAAAACUUAGUUGAAUACCACCCGUGGUUAGGGUUCCACUGUAAUUUCAUCAGCCUGCAAGAAACAGUUUUGACUUAUAAACAGCCUUUGAGUGCUAGACUGCUUCACCUUGCUUACUUAUUGUCCUUGGUUGCUACCUGCUUGGUCUAUAUAUUUAUAAACAGGAUAAUAUUAAAAAGCCUAUAAUCUUUUGCAAAGAAAGCUCUUGUGUUUUGUUGAUUUCUUAUAAUCUAGCUCUGAGUUCUUCACACUUAGAACAUAUUCAUACUUUGCAACAUAGAAAACUUACCUUAAACUAAAUUGGACUGUUGGUCCAGCCUGCUCACUAUUGUCCACACUGGCUUUCAGCAGCUUUCCAGGGUUUUUAGGCAGGAGGCUUUCUCAGCCGGACCCGGACAUGCUGGGCAUUCAACCUGGGGCCUUCUGCCAGAAAAGCAGAUGCUGUACCACUGAGCUCCAGCUCUUCUCCUUAAACUUCAUGGUUUGGGGCUGCUGCCUUUUUCUCAACCCAUUUGCAAUCUUAAGUUUUCGCAGGCUCUUUUCCCGUCGUCAGUUUCUCGCUUCUAAUUCUAAUGUCAACGCUAAUAAAAUCCCAUCGUAAAGGUGUUUUAUACAUGAGCUGUGCUACGUUAUGGUGCUUGCAAUAUCAUGCUCCCCGGAUCACCACAUUAAAUCAAGAUAUUGGCAUUUAUGGCGCACUAUACUGCCAUCAUGUGAGGUUAUAAUUUGGAGAUGCUGCAGCUCAUGAUUGUAUCUGAAAUGGGAAUCCACAGCAAUAAAAUGAAACGUCUUAUAAUAGGGCACUGUGAGAACUGUAUGUGUGUGUGUGUGAUGUGGAGUUACAGACAACUCUUUUGGAAUAAAUCUGGGUAGCUAAUGGGAUGCCCUCCAGAUGUUGAUGGACUACAACUCCCGUCACCCCCUGCCAGCAUGGCCAAGGGCAGGGAUGUUAGGAUUUGUAGUCCAACAUCAUCUGGAGGGCACCAUCAAUUGUCUGCAAAGCCAUGUUUCCCUGUCAGUGAAGCCUUACACAUCUUGGAACCUUUUUAAAUGAAUAUUUUGUACUGUUUUAAGUACGUUUUAUUGUAUAUAUAAUGUUGUUGUGAACUGCCC